AUGGUCGGUGAUUCCCCGCGCGCCCGGAGCUGUGCCUUGCCCCCUCAGCAUCGUGAUGCUGAGCUCACUUGGAGGGCGGUGCAGACACAGAGCUACGUGUUGCUGCGCAGCAACAGAUAGAAAGGCGAGGGAGGAAUUCCCUCGCACAAACAGAAGCAGCUGUCGGGGCGGAACAGCCGCGGUGGCGCGUGAAAUGUGAAGGGAAACAACAGAUAUGAUCGAUACCUGAAGCUGGACCCCGCGGACAGGAUGUGAGGACAACACGGCAGAGCGCGUGUCAGACUCCUGGAUGACGGACGGUUACCUUCUCCUGAGCAUCGGAGGACAAAGGCAUCCCUAAAGAUGCGGAGUCUGCUGGUUUUCAGAGAGGAAGACGAUCUUUGAAACAUGACAGGCCAGCUCCUGGGAGAACCGGUCGGCGGGGCUCACACGGAUGACACCGCGGCCAUCCGCAUCAACGUGGGCGGCUUCAAGAAGCGCCUAAAGUCGGACACGCUCUCCCGGUUCCCUGAGACCCGGCUGGCGCGCCUCCUGCACUGCCGCUCCAAAGAGUCCAUCCUGGAGCUGUGCGACGACUACGACGACACAGAGCAAGAGUUUUACUUCGACAGGAACCCGACCCUCUUCCCGUACGUGUUGAAUUUCUACAACACGGGGCGGCUGCACGUCAUGGCCGAGCUGUGCAUCUUCUCCUUCAGCCAGGAGAUCGAGUACUGGGGGAUCAACGAGUUCUUCAUCGACUCCUGCUGCAGCAGCGCCUACCACUGCAGGAAGAUGGACCAGGACCGAGAGGACUGGGACGAGCGCAGCGAGGAGGGGAGCACCACUUCCUCCUUCGACGAGCUCCUGGAGUUUUACAACGACGCCACCAAGUUUGACAAGCAGCUGUGCGGGAGCGCGCGCAGGCGCGUGUGGCUGAUGCUGGAUAACCCCGGGUACUCGGUGGCCAGUCGCAUCAUCAGCGUGUUCUCCAUCUGCGUGGUGCUCGGCUCCAUCGCCACCAUGUGCAUGAACAGCAUGAGCGAGUUCAGCCUGCUGGACAGCGAAGGUCAGCCCGCGGAGGACCCGCGCUUCGAGACCGUGGAGCACUUUGGCAUCGGCUGGUUUACUCUGGAGCUGGUGGCCAGGUUCGUGGUGGCCCCGGACCUCCUGCACUUCUUCGACCACCCGCUAAACGUCAUAGACCUCGUGUCCAUUCUUCCGUUUUACCUGACGCUCCUCAUCAACCUGGUGGUGGAGAGCAGCCCGGCGCUGGCCAACCUCGGACGCGUUGCGCAAGUCCUGAGGCUGAUGCGGAUUUUCCGCAUCCUGAAACUGGCGCGGCACUCCACGGGGCUGCGCUCCUUGGGGGCCACCCUCAGAAACAGCUACAAAGAGGUGGGCCUGCUGCUGCUCUACCUGGCGGUGGGCGUGUCCUUCUUCUCCGUCAUCGCCUACACGGUGGAGAAGGAGGACAGCGAGGACUUGUCCACCAUCCCCGCGUGCUGGUGGUGGGCCACCGUCAGCAUGACCACCGUGGGUUACGGGGACGUGGUGCCCGUCUCCAUAGCGGGCAAGUUGACGGCGUCGGCGUGCAUCCUGGCGGGGAUCCUGGUGGUUGUGCUUCCGAUCACGCUGAUUUUCAACAAGUUCUCCCUUUUCUAUAAGCGACAGAAACAGCUGGAGGUGGCCAUGAGGAGCUGCGACUUUGAUGAGGGGAUAAAGCAGGUCCCGUCUGUCAACCUGAGGAACUUUUACGCGCACAAGGUCAAAUCCCUCAUGGCCAGUUUGUCCAACAUGAGCAGGAGUUCCCCCAGUGAACAGAGUCUGAACGAGUCUUUGAGCUGAGUCAGGGUCAGACAGGAGCUGUCCGUGGUGCUGACCCGCCUGAUCUCUUCCUCUGAUGUCUCAACAUUUGCCUCUCUGUAGCUCGGUGCAAUUAUGUGAUGUUAUAUUUAAAAGAAAAAAGCAGCCUGACUAUUAUGGGAUAUCAAAAAAGUCACAUUUUGACGAAGGCAGGCAGUGCUGUUGUUGUUUACAGUCUUCAGUAGUGACACGUGUCAAGGUGUACUUGUGGUCAAAUAUGUCUGAAGUAACUCCGGCUGUCUGUCCUCUGAGGAGUGUAUAUGUGGUGUUACAGCAACAUUUCACAAGUGUGGUCAAACUCAAUGCAUUAAACUGUUUGUAUAACACA